AUGUCUGGGGAGAUAUUGAGAUCAAAUCCCAACCAGGCCAACAUGUCACCAGGGUUGCAUAUGGAUAAAGUAUCGAUCUCCACCGUGAGGCCUGACUCUGCCCAAAAGAACGGCGCCAAAAGAGCCGCCCAAUCACCCAUUACUCCUUCAUUGAGACAGUCCACCACCAGAAGGAAGAUAAACACCAAAUCAGUUUUGGAGAAAGACCCGGUAAUGUGGACUAUUGAGUACGAGGGAUGGAAGCUCCGCAUGCAGAUGGAGCGGAAUAUGGCCAUUCGGGAGUUCAGGGAGAUGGAGAUGCACUUUGAAGAUUUAUGA